AUGAGCUUGCUGCUUCAGAUUUAUGUUAGUUACACUCCAGACGAUCUCAACGAUCUGGUGCACUGUUAUAACACCACUCUUGCGUCUGCAUUACACCGUCAUGCUCCACUUGUUAAUAAAUCUAUUCCAGUGCGUCCUCUGGUUCCUUGGCUUAACAACGAUAUUAGGGAAGUGAGAAAGGAGAGGCGUAAGGCAGAGAGAAGAUGGCGGCGCACUGGCCUCCUUUCUUAUUUACGGAGGUAUAAAGACUUGAGAAAUAAAACUAACAACCUUAUGACGGAGGCGCACAGAGUGUUUUACAGAGAACUCAUCCAUGAGAACUGUGGCGAUCAGAGGAGAUUAUCUUCGUUAACAAAGCGGUUGCUUGGAGGUGGUCGUGAAACUCAAUUUCCACCUUUUAAGGAUAAAACUGCUCUUGCCAAUAAGUUCGGUGAAUUUUUUGCCUAG